GCUGCAAAACCGAACGACAGAUUAGUUGAACACGUCGAGGCGGCAACAGCUUGGAGCUAACGGCAAUAGCAACAGCAGCAGCAAUACAAGUAAAUACGUGCGGUUUGCGGUUUUUGCGAGAAAGCAGCGCGGAAAAAGUGCAAAGCUUAUCAAUAAAAGAAAAAUUCAAAAAUUUCAAAAAGUGUUGCCAUUGCAAAGUGUCGAAGUGGCGAAAAGACCAGCAAAAACACAUGAAAUCACAUUUUUUUGUUUUGUGGAAAGAAAGUUGAGUGAAACGAACAACACAAGAGUGCCUAGCUGCGGAAGAAACGAAAAACGAAUGCUAAAACAAACGCACUUCCAGUGUAUUACAACAGUAACAGCAACAACAACAGCAUUAAUAAAGCGUUAAUUCCCAACAACAACAACAAAUAUUGCUCUUACCUUGUUGUAGCGAUUUUGGUCGGCGUUUUCGGUCGACAUUUAAUCCAUACAAACGGUCGCGAGUAAAAGUGAUUUAGUUACGGAACGCAACGCACGUCGUCGGUGCCGUGGCGUAGUACUUUUCAUUUCGGUAUUUCAUUUAUUUGCUUUUUUAAUUUAAUUUGACACACAACGUCACAAACGCAUUUGCGCUGAUCAAAUCAACUCGCUGGUAAAUAGUUCACCAUCUUUAGAUAAAAUAUUCAACAGUGGACAAUUAAUUUCCACUUAAACUGCAGCAGCACAACAACAGCCAGCAACGAAAUGAAGUUGUUCUACAUUUUGCUGCUCACUCUCCCUUUACUGGCGCACAGCUAUCCGGCUGAGAGCGAAGACAAGUCCAUCUCAUUGGAGGAUGUCGAGCUGCCUGAUAGCGAUCAUGCGGCAUCCGGUGGCGAUUCACAAAUAACCAAACGCUCUGGCAGUUUCGAUUAUGUCGCGCAUCUGAAGUCUGGUCUGCUCUCCAGCAUUGGCCAAGCGUCCGCGUCUAUAGCCUCAGGCAGUUCGGGCGGCAGUAGUGGUGGCGGCGGCGGUGGUGGCGAUGGCUACAAGUCAUACGAGUCGGCUCAUGGCAACUCGGUCGAUUACAAUCCGUGGACAUUUAAGAAGUCUGUGCUCAACACCAUCUUUCAGGCAGUGAAAGCGAUCACUGGUGGUGUGACAGCGAUCAAGGGUCAACUGAUUAAGGGCAGCGGUUAUGCAUUGAGCGCUAGUGGCAAUUUGGUUGCUUCCUCUGGCGAUAAGGUGACCGAUGUUGGCAAGGCAAUCAUCAAUUCGGCGCAAAUAAAUUCGCAUGGUUAUGGUGGUGGCGCUCCGGUGCAUCCCUUCGCCAAAUUCAGCUCCUUCUCGGGUGCUUCGUCAGGCGGUAGCAGCGGCGGUGGCGGCAAUAAGCAUCCCGGACCACCCGUGGUGCACACGGAAACCAUUACUACCUAUGAAAUUCCACCCGGUCAUAGUAACUAUGGCCCACCUUCGAAGCCACCAACCUACAGCUCAGCAACGCAUCAAUACUUGCCACCAGCGACGGGCGGUUACAAUGGCGGCGGAGCGCCAUUCAGCAGUGGACAUGCGGCAUUUGAAGCGCCCGCCAGCAAUUACCUGCCAAGCGGCUAUUCCAAUGAUGGACAUAAUGAUGAUUUCAACAUUUACGGACGUCACCAGAAACUUAGCGAUGUGGAUGCACGUAAAGCUGCCGCACAGCUACAGGAAAUACUCAGUCUUCUACCGAAUGGUAAAACGGAAUACACUGCCUCAAAAACAGUCGUCUUGGACACACACAAUCAUGGGUCGACGGCACACACUGGACCUGGUGGCGAUUUCAAUAAUGAAAAUGUUGAUCUGCAUACUUACGGUCUGCCGAACGAUUUGGGACCGCUGGAGUCAUUGUCGCACACCGAAUCCAUAACCGCAGCAUAUGCGCAACGACCGGGCGGCCAUGGUCAAGAGAAUCCCUCCGAUAUUUAUCGCCAAAUGGCGAAGAAACAAACAGCGGAAGAGAUUUACAUACAGAAGCAUCCCAACGAGGGCUAUGAUUAUCGGCCCACAAGCCCAACACCAACGGGUGACAAUGCUGAGCAAGGUGGUGGUUACAAGUACAACAAUUAUCAUGCAACAAACAGCGCACUGAAGGAUCUAACGCCCAUUAUAGCCGCAUUGGAGGUGGCCAAACGACGUGGUUCCACACAGAAUGAUGUGACCAAGCAUUACACAGUGGAGAAGAGCGUCUAUAAGGCGGCGCCACAAUCAGCGCCACAGUCAGCGCCGAAAUCAAACAAUCAAUUCAAGUAUCUGCCAGCUUCGGUGCAGAAGACGAAACACAUAUACUUCGAUCCAGCGCAAAAUAAGGUCGAUACUGAGUAUCAGCCCACAUAUGUGCCACCACCACCAUCCGCACCGUCAGUCUCAGCCAUCGGUGCAGCAGCCCCACCGCCACCGCCACCACCGUCAUCCCACGCAUUGGCGCCUGCGCAGAGCUACGCCACACACCACACUUCAGCGUACAACACUCAGCACACAGCUGCGCACCCGGUUUAUCAUGCUCCACCUGCGCCCGCGUCCCCUUAUAAAGUGCGUCGUCAAGUGCCAAGCACUUCGAUUACAGCGCUGAAGGUGCACACCAAGCCUUACUUUAAGCAUCACGACUACGAAAUACAUGAUCCGCUCAUGUUCAAUCGCAUGUUGUCCUUCUAAGUGGAGCGGGUCUAGGGUCCGUUCCGCGAAAGCAUUUCGAAUUAGAUUUGUAUACAUACGUACCAAUUAUUAUUUACUAAGGAAGAAUAUUUAUUUGCACUGAAAUUGGUAGCAUAGUAACUUAAGUGAAUGUACAAUUUUUAUUGAAAAAAGAAAAACUACGAAUCAAAUAUUUAGCCAGUCACUAGUUGUAAGUCUGUUGGCACAAGAAGACGUCUCUUGUACACUAUAAACACCAAUAAAAAUAUUUUAAUUUAAUGCAUAACGAAAUAAAUAAAAAAAAUGUUAAAGAUAACUCACCUUCCUG